AUGGAGGAGAAGUACGCGACGUGUGGCGUGUGUGGAAUCGAGAAGAAAGGUGCCUACAAGUGUCCCCGUUGUUCUCAACCUUAUUGCUCUAUCAAGUAUGUUUCCAUUCGGUUUAUCUCCUCAUUGCUCCAUUUUUUCCAGGUGCUACCGGAACGAGAAACAUGGCCAGUGCUCUGAAGGGUUUUACAAGGUUUUCAAUGUUUUUUUUUUCAUUAUAACCAGUGAAAUUACCAACAAUUUCACUGAUUGUUCCAUAGACGCCCGUUUCUGAAAAUAGAAUCUGAUUGGCCUUAUUUGAGAUCUUUUUUUCUCAUCUAUUCUUUCCACUUAAUUCCAGCUAAUUGCAGGAAAGGGUGAAAGAUCAACUGAAGGGACAGUUUUUUGAGCAAUCCACAUCUGACGCUGACGCUAACGAAAAGCUCAGAAAGUACAUGAGCGGCGACUGGAGCGAUAUUCCUGGUUAGUUCUUGAGUUUUUCCGGAAGAAAGUUGGUUCAAAUUUCAUAGGGUUGUAGCUCGGAAAUUGAUGUUGGAAAAAAUAAAGAAAAUUCAACAGGAAGCUUUUUAAUAGGAUCUAAAACGAUAAAAAAUUCCUAUUUGUCUUCUGUUUUAUUUUGCAAUAAUUUUUCGGAAUAUGACUUCACCAGUUUCUCAUUUUGAAUACUAUAUAUGAGGAGUCUAGGAAAGGAAGUUAAUGCUCUCCAUUUGUUUAAUAUAAAUUUUAACGUUUUGACACAAAUAUGUUUAAUCAUUUUUCAGAAGGCGAGGCUCUAGAUUCUGAUGACGACGCCGAAGCCGAAAAACACGCCCAAACAGUUUUCUCAGCCACGAUGCAGGAUUACAGUCUUGAUGACAAGGAAAUCGAACGGCGUCUUGUGGUAGAAGUUUCACUCCAUUUUCUGGGGAAUACCAUCCACUUUAGGCGUUGGGACUGAGCGAAGACCCUGAAGAGCUGAUGAAGGCCCUCACGGAAGAUGAAAGAGCCGCGUUCGUCCAUCUCGCACAGUCCAUAGAAGAGGAGGAGUACGAACAGUCGUGUUUCCGAAAGUCUUGA